GCUCCGAAGGCGGCUUGUAUAAGCGCGUCAUCGUGAAGAGCACCAAAGACCUGCCAAGAGGAUAUUUUCAAGAAUUUCUGUAAUUUCUGAAUGCCUCUGUGGAGCCACUUGAGAGUAAUAGAGACCCUUUCUGGUAGACAUUUGAGAAGAAACCCGAGAACGAUUCAUAAAGAUUCUGAUGUGUGAACAACUUACCAGGGACUACGCAGUUAAACCGGAAUCAACUCCUUAUAAACAAUGCCUAAUUAACAAUACGAUCUUCACCGAGAGUUAAGGCCACCAACUAUUAUCUUACGACAAAGGAACAAUUUGCUUCCAUGCUACAGCUUCAUUGUUUUCGUGCUUAGCGACGAUCCCAACACAGUAUUCCUCGUUAUGAAACAAAUGUAUUCCUUGGAUAUUUCAUAACGUGAUACCAGAGUCGCCCCAGCGAUUACAGAGCGAACAAUUAUAGUUAAUGCAAGUAUUAUCCAACGUGUUCAUAUUUAUCCCCAUCAAUUGUGGAGAAUCUCUAUCGUAUCGAUAAUUGGUCUCACCUUAGUGACAUUAUUGGUAACUCGAACAGCAGUCGACUCUACCAUUCUGAACAGGGGUUAAGCUGGACCAGUAGCAACAAUUAUAUCAUGAACUGACUCUAAUUACAUUACAUAUACUAAUAGCUAUGAUACAACAUAAAUAAUAGACAGAAACUGCGUUAAAAUUGAGUUAUCUAGAUACAUUACAUAAACAAACGACCGAAUACAAUGACACACUAGCCCCAUAGUGCGAGCCGAACGAUAUGUAAGGACACCUCUGAUUGGUCGAUGGUGUCAUUCCGCUUAAUGAAAAAUGUCUGUUGUAUUCGUCGCGCCAGCCAAUGAGAGCACACGUAUUGAUUCGACCGAGGAGCUUUUACCUGAGAGUCUAUCAGAUUUCAAUCAUACCAAUCCGAAUUAUUCACAAGUUGCAGAUGACAUCGCGCGGGGAACACCGCAACUUUUUAACACCAAUUCUGACCCGGGGAUGGAUACAAGCCUUACUGAUCCGGGAGGUAGGAUAAAUUCAGCAUAUAGCUGCCCUGAAAUAGAAUUGCAAAACUACAGCGUUGGCAUGAGUGGGAAAGCUACAUCAAGCGAUAAGGCACAGCUGCCUCCGUUAAAGCAGAUGUCGCAAUCUAAAUACGAGAAGGGGAAUAUACCCGAGCAAGCCGUGGCACAACAGACUGAUGCUUCGCUCAAACCGGACGAGCCGAACUCUCAGAAACAGAGGGCGGUUGCCCGAGAGAGGAAUAGAGACCUGGAGACUAAGGAAGGGAAUAUCAGUGACAUUGGGGCGGAUUUCAUGCGGGUUAAUGGAGCGAUUCGGCAUUUCAAACAGUUACAAAAGCCCGUGCCAAUUACUCAGAACGUCGGCCCAGCAUCGACGCCUAAAAUGAGCUAUACUUCUGAGGAUGCAGGCACGGCAUUAGUAGGUAAUAGCACAGAAUUCCCUAAAUAUAUGGAGGACAAACCAAAGCUUAGGCAUAAGCCUAAUGUGGGGUACCGGUUGGGCAAAAGAAAAACUUUAUUCGAAAAACGACGGAGGAUAUCCGACUAUGCACUUGUCUUCGGCAUGUUUGGAAUAGCAGUCAUGGUAGUCGAGACGGAAUUGUGUAUGGCGCAGGUAUUUGGACCAGACAAUGCGUGCAAGAGAGAGAUAUAUUCCAUCGUGUUAAAGUCGCUGAUCAGUGUCUCGUCUGCGAUACUCGUAGGACUCAUCAUAGCUUACCAUGCUUUAGAAAUUCAGUUAUUCGCUGUAGAUAAUUGUGUGGAGGACUGGAGAAUCGCCAUGAACGGUCGGCGGAUCGCACAAAUCAUUGUGGAGGUGACAAUCUGCGCAAUCCAUCCCAUACCAGGAUUCUUCGAAUUCGACUGGACUAUAAUAAGAACGGACCGACACGGCGACGAGGAAGCGUUAACUGAGGAUGUGCCUGUUGAUAUUUUACUUGGGCUUCCUAUGUUUUUUAGAAUUUAUUUGAUUUUCCGUGGCAUGCUUCUGCAUAGUAAAUUAUUUACGGACGCCUCCUCGCGGAGUAUUGGUGCACUAAACAGGAUUAAUUUCAACACGCGAUUUGUGCUGAAAACGCUAAUGACCAUUUGUCCUGGCACUGUACUGCUUGUUUUCAUGCUUUCUUGGUGGAUUUUAGCCAGUUGGACAUUACGAUUUUGUGAAAACUUCCACGAAACAAGACACAAAAAUUUCCUGAAUUCGAUGUGGCUGAUAGCAAUUACGUUUCUUUCAAUUGGUUACGGUGAUAUUGUUCCUAAUACAUAUUGUGGCAGAUCGAUAGCUAUUGCUACCGGUGUGAUGGGUGCUGGUUGUACAGCUUUAGUAGUAGCUGUUCUCGCGAGAAAAUUAGAAUUAACGAGAGCUGAGAAACAUGUGCACAACUUUAUGAUGGAUACACAAUUACAAAAAAGGUUGAAAAAUGCUGCAGCAAAUGUGUUACGAGAAACUUGGUUAAUAUACAAAUACACGAAACUUGUAAAACGGGUUAACUUUAGUAAAGUGCGAUCACAUCAAAGAAAGUUUCUACAGGCAAUACACAGUUUGCGACGGAUCAAAAUGGAUCAAAGAAAAUUAGUCGACAAUGCCAAUACACUUGUAGAUAUGGCCAAGAUAUCACCGGGCUUAGUAGGCGCUCCGACCGCGUAUAUCUCAGUACCACAAGUAGUUUACAAACAGACACAAACAAACAUCUAUGAGGUGGUGACUGAGCUGCAUUCGAACCAUUCCAGACUUGAGGACAGAGUCGGCACGAUAGAAGGGAAGCUGCAGCUACUCACGGAAAAACUCGAAGCCCUACCAAGUAUUAUAGCACACCGACUUGCCGUCCAACAGCGUGACGUCGAAUACCAAGCCCGCCAAGCCCUACCUGCUCCUCUGGGCGGCGCGACCAGAAGGGUAACACCACCUGGUCCGCUCAAGAGUCCGCCACCACAACUAGCCGUAGCUCAAUCGAAUCCCGCACGGUCGACGACACCACCCCCAACAUCCACCACAUCUACGGAGCCAAAGGUUUCAUUAAGCACAACUAAGAAUACCAGUUGUUAAAAUGUGCUUUUGAAGGGCUGUGUAAAAUUAUUAAAAUUGGUGUGCGUGUCUUGGACUUGGUAUGUGACCAAGGGUGUUCUGACAUGAUGUAUGGUUGCCACAAGUUCAAAUGUUGCUUCAUGCUGUAUUUGUUUGUGGUGAUAUGGUUAGAGGCAUGGUGCGGUUUCCAAUGCGUUGGGCACCGCCCCUCCCGUCUGAAGGAGGUGGUGAACGACAGAGCUUCCUGUUCAAGACACAGAGCAGUGCUGACUCGAGAAUGUUGUCGGCGAAGAGGGGGCCAGAGGAUGGCAGCAUUCUCAGGUGUUGAUAUAGUCCAUUCGAUAGCCACGAUCAGGAUUUGAAAGGAGUCAUUGGGCUCAGUUCCGAAAAACCUGAUUGAUAGUGACGAAAGGCACUUUCAAAUGGAAUGAAGCAAAUUUGCCGCUGAAAGGAGGCCCCAAUCUCUGUUAUAAUACAUAGCUAUAAGUCCUUCAUGAAAAUAGUAAGGAUGUAGUGUAUAGUUUUAGACGAUGCUAGUAGUUUGGAAACAUGUACCAUACCCACCCGGUGCAAAGAAAAAGCGAAAAGGAUGGACAUAUUUGCUGAUACUGCGUGUGGUAAUGAAUCGAAACUUGUCAGAAAAGCCGAAAAGAACGAAAGGGCUUACGAGAGUCCAACGAUCUACUCGUGAAAUAAUGUCUAAUUUCAUUUGUACCUUAGCCAGAAAAAUAUUCAUUGCCACAAACAUCUCCAGGUAGAAUUAGAAGGAUAGACCAUAAUAGCUAUUUUAACUUGAUCACUCUGAUAGACUCCAAUCCUUUAUAAAGGAUUUGAGUCUCACUUGAUUGGUUAAGAGCGAACUCAAGAACAAUGCCCAUAGAACAAUAGAUGAGGCCCGUAGUAUACAAAAGGCAUUUCAGAUCAUUUCCAUUGCACAAGGUGCAUAUUGUAAAAAUGCCUUCAAUGAACAAAAUUGUUAGACUUAGCUGCUGAUACAGAACGAGCAGUAGUGUACAAGAUAUAAUACACGAAGUUCCAGUGCCUAUGUAUAGUCUUGAAAGUAGAAUAGUGUACAGUGCGGUAACGGUUUCGCUGCGCACCAACUGACUGGUGAAGCCAGUCAGCAAGUCUGUGAUUUAUGCUGUAAGGCAUUAAGCCAAUCGUAGACACUGUAUAUAAGCUUAGAGGCAGUGGUCGAGAAGAUAAUCAAGUGAUGUGUGCUAGAUGAACCACGAAACGUGAUUGGUUCGAGAUAGGACUCGAGGCGACCACGUUUCCGUCCAUGACGUCAGCUGUCGCGCGCAGAAUGCUACGUCUCUGCUGAUUGAAUGAUUGGCGCCAUGUGACCUACUACCGAAGUAGGUCUGCAAUUAAUGACAUGGCGCAGGGACAAUGGUGUGGACAUUAAUGCGGGAUGCUUCAAUUUGUAAAUAAAGAAUGCUUGUGUAAUUAUUAUCAGUCGCAUGCGAGAGUAACCCUUGUUGAUAUUUCAAAUGUAUAAUAAAGUUGGAAUGAUCUGUAUAUAAUACUUGUUAAACUGUAAAUUGUAAAAUUUAUGUUAAUCUCACUGAUGAUUUGAAUAGCUCCAGCUUGAUGAGAGGAACCUAGCUGACCGUUGUACAGGCGCGUUUUAGUGCACCUUCUAAAAUUACGAGUAUGUAGAAAUCACUGUUAAAACUGGCUGCUAAGGGAACAGCUACAUGUAGUUUGCCUGGGUCUUCAUCCAUUGUUAGUAAUGAAAUAGUGGAAGAUAUCAAUUGUCAAAGACAACUCAUGGACAUUUUAGCUUACUCGGUGAACAGGGACUUAUGAAAUUAAAAUUAAAAUUGGACAAGAGGUAAGAUUGUCAAUAUACGAAAGCGAAGAAAGGGUGUUUGAAUUAGGGUGCACAAUAUUAUGUCGUGCCAAUACAGAGUGGUUUCUCUUCAGCCAAUGGGUGGAGUCAAAUGUCUGAGUUAACUUAAGUGUUAAAAGAGCUAGAAAUAUCCAAAAAUGUUAUAUUUUAGUCCACAAAAGCCUUGGAGAUAUGAAACUAACUCUGGCACUUGACCUCAUAUACACACAUGUCUACAAUCAGCUUACACUGCUGACACAAUGUAAUAUUAACCCAGAGUUAACCUCUCGGGGUAAGUGUAAACGUAAUGAAAUUUGUAAUAUAAAUUAGCCUCAAUAAUGCCUGUGGCUCAGGUAAUCCCUGAGUAAGCUCGGAGUUAACACCAAACUUAUCAUCAUCCAGUGUAAACUUCGAUUAAAAGUCAAAUCUCUCUGGGGUUAGUGUAGGCCUAAGUAUGAUAAAGAUCCACUCUGAGUUAACCAAAUGUCCCCAUUUGACCUCACUCAAUGUCCUUUUCGACAUAGCUGUUUCAACCUCUUGAUACAUUCAAAUUUGCUCAUGAAACUUUUUCUAAAUUUUUUUCGCACCUGCGAAUUUUCAUAUCAAAUUUUGACACUAAGAUAAUUGCCAUCCUUUCUCAGAGGUCACUAUGAUCAGGCCUACGAUUUGCAUACAAGUUAGAGGUCUGAUCUGUAUCCUCUUAGAACGGAUUUUAAAAUAUCUUUCCUUUUCUUAUAAACUGUAAAUACGACUUUUGUGAUUCCCAAUGAUAACGUAUUUAGCUUGAGAAAAUAUAGCUGAAACCUCUGCCUAGAAUUUGUAUUUGUAUCCAGCAUGUAUAUACAACCACUAUUUUGAAUUGUAAAGACUAAAAUUCAACCAAGUUUGGGUUAUUGUUGAAAGUCAUGAUUCCUCACAGGCCACUGAAUCAUCAUGGAUCAGUAACAUUGCCAAACGUCCAUGAAGGGUACAUGUGGUUGUAGGAGGUCACGAAGGAACCGAAUCGGAGAAAACGUUCAACACUUCAUAAAUAUCGCCCCUUGUAAUGUAAUGCUCUGAGGGCAAUCUUUGGAAGUGAAAGUUUCUUGAAUUUAGGGGCGGAUUAGUCCCUUACCAUGCUUUCGAUACGUCUGUGAACUCUGUCUCCUUCGUCUACCCAAACCUUCAUGGACAUUUGCAAUGUUUUAACCUGUUCCUUUAUGCCAUUGUGUUCCAGGUUAGAGUGUAAUGAUGCCGUCAUCUUUGAGUUUGUUUUCGAGAAGCAUUUCAUACUCAGAUAAUCACUGAAGCACGAAGGAUGUAACGUAUUUAGGCCUAUUAUGUGUUGCGUCUUACACUAAGUGUACUCUAUUGAAACCCUAUAACUCUGUUUGCUUCUGUGUGUAAGUGCAUACAUUUGUCAUAAUCAGCGCCUUUGGCUUACCUCACCUCAUUAUCAAUGGUGUACCGGUACUAUACUCUCAAGGCUAACAGUGCUAAAAAAAGGCAUUUAAUUAGGGACGAUUUGACGAAAUCGAUUUGUAAGGGUUUGUGUCCCAAUGUAAUUUUGUCAAGAAAUCUAAACAACUGAAAACUGUUUCUUUGCGAACAGCCCAGGAAGAAAUUAAGCAAUAUCAUCAUUAAACGAGAAAGUCAGAUACAUUUACCAUUGUAUAAAUGCAGUUUGCGAUUGCUCUCUAGAUUGUUGACAUUUGCAUUUCGACUAACCACUUGGAGAAUCAAUAGCAGUCCAAUAACUGUUGGCCACCCAAUUAACCUUGACCAUCUAUCAAACUCAGUGUCAAAAUCUAACUCUUGAGGAUAUUCAUUGCGGCCAAUCGUAAUGAUUAUGUGACUACGCUGUAUAUAACUUCCCAGAAUAUACGGAGCAAAAGGCGUAUACUUGUGUUCUGGAUCCGGAUCAGACACAACUGGCUUAAUAGUAGAGACGAUCGAUAGAAAAUGUGCCCUGGAUCCAGAACACACGUUAUACACACCUUAUUGUUCUGAAAUUGGACGUUAUACAAUGUAUAGUUGAGUUACUGAGGACCUUAGCCUCUUAUCAACUUGGCUCGGCUGGAAGGGUAAGGUCAUGUUUGGUUCCGACAAAUUAUGGCGAAUGAGACUUGUGCAUUUCCGUUGCCAUUUCAAGGUCACCUUCAGUCCGACGCCAGCCGCAUCACCGUAUAAAAUCAUGCACUCACGACAGGCUUUUGUGGCUUCAAAAGAAAAUUAUUGAUCAACCCAACAAACUUUGGGGUGGACAUUUCAGAGAGAUAACUAAUUUUGGAUGCUAAUUGAAAGUGCUCGUGUGUCCCCAGCCGAGAGGACAGCCCUAAUAACAUUUCCAAUCGUAAUGACGUUGGAGGCAGUGCAUUGACCAGCUAUAGAAUUACAAAUUGAUUGAAACCGGACUGAAGACGUGCAUCACAUGUGUCUAGCUAUUUUGGUCAGUAAAUCAAGAAAUCGAUGGCUAUAAAUUCACUUUAGCCUUUAUUUCCGUACAGUUUGUAGCCUAAACACUUUCUUGAUUCCAAUUUGUCCCAUCUCUGAUGGAUCUAUGCAACUUUACCUUAAACCUUCGCUGCUAUGUUCCAGAUUUGUUUAACUCGAUUGCGAGGUAGGUCGACGAAAGGUCAACGCCAUUCGUUAAAAUUUGUCACUUUAAUUUGAAAAUUUCCAAUUGUCUUAUUUAAUGUAUACUGAGUAUUUCAAUAUUACCAUUGUGUAGACAGACCAAGUUUCAGUUUCGAAAUUCAUGCUAUCCGCCCGGCGUGAAAAACUUAUUUCAAUAUUACAAAACUUUAAAUGCCAGCUCAUAUUUUUACAACGUCAUUUCAGCAUAUUCUAAGAGUAACUCUCAAUUGUUCCAAUACCAAAUCAGUAACAGCAAGUUGGUAAUAGCAUGGUACUGUACAUAUGUUCCAUUAACUUUCUUAUCAAAUUGGUGUCUCGUGAGAAAAAAAGAAAUAAGUCACACAUCUAAAUUUGUAGCAAACACUGCUUGGUACAGUAGAAUCCUGAAAACACUUUCUGGGAACUAUUACAGUUGUUGUUGAAUUCUCUAAUAACGGAUCUAUAGCGCUAGUCUUAUUCUUUUUAAUAAACCGACAUUCUGCUGCAUCUGAAGAAAAUGAAACAGUCUGUGUACGAACUUACCCGUGAGGUACUCUUCUCACCAUAAAUAAUUCUGCAAAUUCAAUGUGUUUUGUUGGAAUCUUAAAAUAAACAGUGUCACAAGGCUCAUUUGAUCAGCGAAUUUCCAUUUUCCGAUAGCAAAAUCAUGUGUUAUUAUUUUUUUGUUACAUUUCUGGCCAUUUAUUAUUAAAUAAUGGUGAUGAUUGCCAAUAUUCGAUAGAAAAUACACUAUAUUUAGAGAAUAAUUUGGUUGAAUUGAUUCGUUGGGGGGUAUUUUUAUGAAAAGGAGAAGGAUUUUUUAACCCGGAUUAGAACCGUUAGGUUGUUAAAGCGAUCGAUCAAAUAGCCUGACGUCAAAGUAUGUUCCUGCCUCUCAUUCGCCAAAUUUCCAAAAGCAGUUUUUUACCGGUGUGGCGGGGAUAGUAGUCCUAGGGCUGAUAGUCCGUGUGACAAUAGCCCGUAUUGCUAAAUGUUUUGGUUAGUGUUAGCGGUACAAUAGAUCAUGCUGCUUAAUUGGUCAAAUACAAUGCUACCGGACUAUGACUCCAGGGGGACUAUAUCCGCUGUCACACCGGAACUAAACCCAAAAUAGAACCUCCUAAUUGGCUCUCUACAAAUUGCCUUCUGAUGGCCCAUUCCGCAUCAGAACCAAUGGGAAGCUCCACAUGAAAUUGGUAUAACCACCUUAAACUAUAGGUUCUUUGGAGCUAGGCCAACCAAACUGAAUACCUUCACUUGUCUGCUGAGUGUUAUGGACCACCCUGUUUAAAAAAAAGCUUGAGUGUUACAACGCAAUGGUUUUGCUUGAAAGUCAUUGUGCCCGUUGUGUUUUAUUAGCAUGGUAGCUGUGACGUAAGCAAUUGUCAUAGAAACAGACAUUUCGUCAAGAGAGGAAGUUGUGUGUUUGUUUGCUUUUGCUAAUGUAUCUUUCCCAAUGGGAAACGGAUACUGGUGUCUUGUUUACUUUGCCUCCCCUUGCAUUCGUAAACUGGCACAAUCGGAGUGUAGAAUGCAAAUGCCCACAAAAAGGUAACUGUCCUGGUAAGAAGAUUAUCAUUAGAGGAAUUGAUACCUCACUAUCGGUAUGCGUAUUUUGUCUCGUCGCCAAACCGCGAGGGUGUGGCUAAAAUGAUCCACCAGAGCGAUUUUGAUGAGCGAAUCAAUACCGACAGUGAGUUAUCAAUUUAUUCUCUAAAACACCUCAAAUUAAACAAUGAAAUAUGAUUUUGAAUGCUUUUUGAUUGCUUCCAUUUUUGCACCAACCAUAACCGCUGAAUCCCAAACGUGGCUUCUUAUAAUGGAGGCGGUUCGUGCAUUUGUACCACGGAACUGAUGUUUUAAAGCAAUGGUAUGGUAAAAAGAAGCUUUUCAACAACGCUAGCGUAUCUCCAUAUAACGCCAACGUUACUGAUAAUGCAUAUGCAAAUAUUCAUUUUCUUGUUUUGUUUGAGUUAAAAUGUUGUAUCAUGACAUGUUGAUGGCACUUAAUUUGUAUUGUGUUAUCAGUUACUGUUGACUGUUUACUGUUUAUUGUAUACAGUAAACAGUAAACAGUUUACUAACGUUUGUUUGAUACAGUGUCAAGCACGCUCGGCUCUGACGCAAGCGAUCCAACCUCGGCGACAUUAGGGAACACUCACAUUGUGUGGUGCUUAUUCUCCAGAGUGAGCCUGCCUGGGCCCUGCCAGCAAUUGAGUAAAGGCGCGGUCACUUGUGGAACCUUGAAAAGUUCUGCUGACUCGCUAUAAUGCCACUCGAUAAAAGAAAUAAUUCCUUUAAUACACACAAAAUCUAUUUCUUCCUUUGGUUUCCUUGAAUUUCUGUACUUUCUGGUCGACGAUAAGAAAUAGUUCGGGCAAAACGGGUUGUGUAUUAUUCUUGAUAAAAUGAUCAAUGCUUGUGCUAAUCUGCAGCUCUUGGUCUGUCUCUCACAGCUAACUCUUUGCUUUUGAUGUCAUGUACUCGGGUUAUUCAGAAAAAAAUGGCCUCUCUUUAAAAUUGUAUAUCUGAGAGAUGGACGCACAGACAGUACCGCUACAAUUGUGUAAAGGACCCAAGUUAUCUACAUUAAGAGAUUUUGCUACGUUGCCACGCCGGAGCGUGUCAGGCACCUUAAAAUAUAAUCUGCCAUUACCCGGUUUAAAGCAUCCCAUUCCAAUGGUAGGCCUUAGUGUUUCGCCAGCCCCUGUCCCAGCAACCAUUACGGAAAGUUAUUCAAAACAGGCCUAUACCUCUGGUAAGUGGCGUGCAACCAACUGAGGUGGUGAGAACCGGACUCUACCAAGGGACAUUCACAUGUGUUUUGAGCAAAUGGAUCCUCAACCUCAGAUUUUUCCCGGAAAAGGAAAGUUGAGUGCUGCCAUCAACUAUGAGUAAACGGAUGCAGCUACAUCAAUGAGCCUUUGUCCGGUCUGAGGUAAACACUUUACUGAAAACAUUUUGGACCAAAUUGUCACUAGAUAAAGACUCUGGAUCUCACCGCUUAGAGUUACUCUCUGUUUGCCUGUUAACUUUCACUACGAGCGAUUUGUACCGUGUCGGUGUAAAUAACAAUUUGUCAAUUAGUGCGUAUUCCUGCAAACUUUGAGUCCUGGGAAUAAACGUUCGUAAGAUAUUUUG